UUUUUAAUUAAAAAAGUAUUUCCCUGGUUUUUAUGUCUUCAGCAACGGAAGCAAGAAAAAGCAAAACUUACUCCUGGAGUGAUUUAUGUGGGCCACCUGCCUCCAGCACUUUACGAAACCCAGAUCCGAAAAUAUUUCUCCCAGUUUGGCACUGUUACCAGAUUAAGGCUGUCCAGAAGCAAAAAAACUGGAAAUAGCAAAGGCUAUGCCUUCGUGGAGUUUGAAUCUGAAGAUGUUGCCAAGAUAGUUGCUGAAACAAUGAACAACUACCUUUUUGGUGAAAGACUCUUGAAGUGUCAUUUUAUGCCACCUGAGAAAGUGCACGAGGAGCUUUUUAGAGAGUGGCAUCUUCCGUUUAAGAGGCCGUCGUACCCAGCAGUGAAGCGGUACAAUGAGGACCGGACGCUUCUUCAGAAGCUGCGGAUGGAGGAGCGAUUUAAGAAGAAAGAAAAGUUACUGAGGAAGAGACUAGCUAAGAAAGGAAUCCAUUAUGAUUUUCCUUCAUUGAUUUUACAUAAAAAGGAGAAAAGCAAUGCUGCAAACACUCAUCUUCGGGAAUCCACAAAGAGCCAGGCUUCACCUAAGAAGAAAGAAAAUGUUUCAGCCACUCCUAACAGCCCUCAGAAGACUGUGGAUGGCCAGGACCCCACACCAGAUUGUACACCAACAUUUUUGGAUAAACGAAAAUCCGAAGCGGCUGAAAUGAAUGAUGAUGAAGAUGAUGAAAUAGUUUUCAAACAGCCCUUAUCUGGCAAAAAAGAGACACAAGUGACCAAAACACCUACACAGUCGAGGAAAAAAAGACGAAAAAAAAGCAGUCAGUGAUUUUCAAUGUUAUGUUGAUACUUCUUCCGGAAAAUGUGGUUUUAUUAUGAGGGCUACUCUUUUUGUAUUUAACUAGAUACAGUGAAUGCAGCUGUUGACGAGGUUAUCGGAGGAAACACGGUUGGUUCAGGUCAGAAGGACAGCAGGCAGUAACGCCUGCCUGCCCGGCUGGGACGCAGGCACGCACGCUGUCCUUCAGCAGCCAGGCUCACGCUGCCUCUGUCCCAGUCUCGUCUAGUUUUCAUACCUGUCUUUGUGACUCUGCCUGGAUGGAAGGCUCAUCUGCAAGUUUAAAUACUAAACUGCAGUGUUUGUUAAAUAAAGAAAAUACAACCUUG